AUGUUUAAGAAAAGAACAGUCAAGACUAAAGACAAUGAUAACACAACCAAGAGGAAACUCAAAGAAUUAGAAGAAGAUCAUGAUCAAGAUGAUCCCACCCCCAUAGAAGCGAUCACUAAAAAGCCACUUCUACGCAAAUCAUCAAAUCCUCCCAGUAUAGCAAAUCAAAUCAGAAGAUCAAGAACUCCUUCUAAACAGAACACACCUAAUAUUCAAGAAGAUGCAGAGUCUCUAGAUACGGAUGCAGCCAAACCAACCAAUUCUAAUAGAAGUAUAAUCAAAGCCCCACCAAAAAACAUCAAUAUCACAACCAUAACAGAUUUCCAACCAGAUGUAUGUAAAGAUUUCUGGCAAACUGGAUAUUGUGGAUAUGGAGACACAUGUAAAUUCCUUCAUAUCCGAGAUGAAUCACGACAAAAGAAACCAGUUGAAAAAGAUUGGGAAAAUGUAAUCACUAAACCAUUGAAACAAGAUAAACAACAAGAUGAGAUUGUUCCAUUUAAAUGUGUGAUAUGUAAGCAAGAUUAUAAAUUUCCGAUUAAGACUCUGUGUGGGCAUUUGUUUUGUAAAGCGUGUUUCUUGGAUAGGUUUAAACAAAAGAAGAAACUGGGGUGUUUUAUUUGUGGACAGGAUACGAAUGGGGUAAUGAUACCGAUACUGAAAACUGAACUAGAUACAUUGAUUGCGUAA